GACGGCAAAGACACGAUUAAAAACACUGUUAACAUCUGUCACUAGUCAAACUGUCACAUUAAUCCAAAAAAUUCGCGAAAUUUCAAGUUACUGCUAUUAAAACUGCAAUCCAUUGCUAAAACUACUACUCAUCUGUGUGAAACAUUACAACAACCAUAAAAGGAUAAAAUGAAAACCGGAAUACUGUACGGUAUAGUCGCUAGUUCGAAGACGCGAGUACGUUGCGUAUUUUGCGGGGUGCACAUCCCCAAAGCGACCAGAUGUAUCGAGCAGCAUUCGCACGGCGCCAAACACAAGGAGAACAUCGAUCUGAUGAACGAGAAUGGCAUAUGGUUCGAAAACGAGACGCUUCUGUGCAAGCCAUGCAACCGAAUCAUCCCGAACGAGGAGUCCGUCAUUAGACACAUUGAUGGCGACGAUCAUGCAAACUGGAUGGCCGCUGUAGAAGAUCUAGUUGACGGUGAGUUCAUUACACUUGAAGCUUUCCUGUCUUGCGAGAAGGAUGAAGUUUUCUGCGAGGUGUGCCACUGCGAAGUCCUCUGCACCCUGCAAAGCAUUGAGGAACAUGUCAACCACCUCAGUCACCGGUCCAAAAUAACUGACCGUCUAAGGCCCCUUAAUGGCAUCUUCCCAGUUGAGAACGAAGAUGAAGUUUGGUGCAAGGUCUGCGACAUAUACAUUGAUAGCUCGGUCCCGAGCAUUCUGAGCCACAUUGACGAUGAUGAGCAGCACAUGGAGUGGUUUGCGGAGAUUGAAGAUCUGAUUGAGAGCCAGGAGGUGUCUAUUGAGGCUUACUUGGCGAAUGAGCAUGAGAAAUUUGCGUAUUGCAGCAAAUGUCACACUGAAAUUCCCUGCAAUGCUCAGAGUCUUGAAAGCCACGUCCACAGUGUUGUGCACUUAGAUCGUUUCGGCUUAUAGGUAGCGGCCCCCCAUCGUUUCAGUCGUGGCUAGUUUCAUAUUGAUUAUUUUUAGUUCUAUUCACUAUUAAUUUUAUAGUUUCCUUAAUUGAAUCUCAUUUCUCAUUGUUAAGUAGCUCUUAUUAGAUUUGUUUUAACUUAAUAUAUAAUUACACGCGAAAUUCAAGAUAUUUUAUUACUGUAGUAUUGUAAUUAUUUUGGUCCUUAUUUCUAUAAGUAACAUGUCUUUUAGUUUUUCGUGAAGUUGAUUACGAUUCUUUCAUUCUGUAAUUUAUGAUUUUAUGAAAGUCACGAUAAAACGAAUGGGGCAUGAAAACUGAUAAAUGAAUCUCACGAACGAAUGUUUAAUGAUAUCGCAACAUUGUUCAUCUAACAAGAGCUUGCGACGUAACUCACUGCGACUAAUCUUUCAAUGUUGUUGGCAUUAGUCAUAGGCAUAUUAUGUCAAUAGUAUCAAUAUUUAAUCAUCAAUCAUAUAAUCCGUGUAUAUUAUGAUCUCCUUACUAAUAGCGGUACCAAUCACAUUUUCUAAUCUGAAUUCAUAAAUAUUUAGACUAGUUUGACUGCCACAGUUUGACUGCAGAACUGGAUACUGCAUCCUAUGUAUUUGCAGUUGAUCUACAGAUAUUGUAUUAUGUAAGUAAGCCGAAGUUCUUACUAAGGAGAAAGGAAUGGAAUAAUGUUAAGAAUUCAGUCAACUGUGCCAUUUUCAUGUAUUUCAUAUAUGCAUAGAAAUGUAAUUUAUUAAUACAUGUUUAGGUAGAUACCCAAUUGAAGACAUAUAUAUAAUGUUUCAAACUGAGAAAAUAGGAGUUACAGUUUUAACUUGUUGCUAAUUUUACACCAGCUAAGUAACAUUUACACCAAUGGUAGAUUGAUAUAUGUUUGGGUUUAAAACAUCAUAAUAUGGCCUGUAUUAUAAAACUUGUAAUAUUAUGAAUUGCAUGGAGAAUCUUGAGCUUGUUGCAGUAGCUGUUUAAUAUCAAUAUUUAAUCACACAAGUAAAUUAGAUAAGAUAUUUUAGAUGUACCAACACUUACUUAUCGAUAGCAGAUAAUUUAUUGUAUUGUUAAGUAUAGUAGUACCACAUUUGUUAAGUACAACUGGUUGCUGCUUAACCGCCAUUUUACAUCGAUCAGUCAAGCGAGAUUACUAUCUGUGGCAUUCAUGGAAUAAAAACCUUAAUGAAAUUGAAAUAAGGUACGUAUUUAAUUGAUUGACAAUCGGCUCCAGUCUAUAUUGUCGAAAAUAUACGAAGUUUCCCGAUGUACAUUAUAAAAGUGGUACUAGGAUAACCUUCUUCUAAAACCCAUCUAGUCUACUGCUCUAUAUUUUUUUGGUAAUUUUACACAAGGGUAUGGAAUAAUUGAAAAUUGUUCUGGUGAAGAAGACAGAUCUGAAAACUGUUAUAUAUAAGUUCGUGUUGUUAGUAAUCGGUGUUUAUAUGAAUAAGUAAUUUAUUGUAUCGUAUUUAAUGAUAGCACGCUUCAUUAAUAACAUAUUUUUAUGUUUUAUUUAUUUGUGAAGUCCAAAAUUUCAAAUUGUUAUUAACCAUUGUGACAUUCCUUAUGUUUUACACCAUUUUGUGUUCAAUUUAGUGUUUUCUCGUUUUGCGCACCCCAAACUUCAAUAAUAAAGUAUACAAUAAAACAUAAAACCAGUGUAAUAUUAUACUUUAUUCAUAAAUAAUAAUUCAAUUACAAAUAUUCAAUUAUAGAUCUGUGCUAUAGAAACAGAACUAAAACAUUUAUUCAAUUCAUUGUAAUAGUAAUAAUCGAAAUAUAAUA